UAGCAGCUGCUCAGAGCUGGGGAGCUUUCCUGCAGAGAUGGUCCUGCUCCUGGUCCUGCUCCUGCUGGCACUUCUGUCCCCCACUGGGGAGGCAGCGAAGAUUAUCGGGGGCCAUGAGGCCAAGCCUCACUCCAGUCCCUACAUGGCGUAUCUUCAAAUACAGACUGCAGAUAAAAUUUUCAUCUGUGGGGGUUUCCUCGUGCGUGAGGACUUCGCCCUAACGGCAGCUCACUGCCAAGGAAGUCUGUGCAGCUCAAUAAACGUCACCCUAGGGGCACAUAACAUCAUGGACCGAGAGAGGACCCAGCAGGUCAUCCCAGUGAGAAGAGCCAUCCCGCACCCACGCUAUAAUGAUAAGACUUUGGCCAAUGACAUCAUGUUACUGCAGCUGAUGAGGAAGGCCAAUGUGACCACUGCUGUGAGCCCCAUCAGUCUGCCCAGGGACUGGGAUACGGUGAAUCCAGGGAUGCUAUGCAGUGUGGCUGGCUGGGGUCAUCUUGGCGUGAAUAUGCCCCGCCCAGAUAAACUACAGGAGGUAGAGCUUGAGGUCCAAAGAGCCGAGGAAUGCAGUUAUCGUUACCCAUAUUACAGCACCACCACCCAGAUAUGUGCAGGGGACCCGAAAGAGAGCAAGAGUUUCUUUAAGGGUGACUCCGGGGGCCCGCUCGUGUGUAAUGGUGUGGCCCAGGGCAUUGUGUCCUUUGGAAAAACGGAUGGUACGACUCCACAUGUCUACACCAGAAUCUCCAGCUUUCUGUCCUGGAUCCAGACAACAAUGACAGAGGACAAAUGGCAGGGAUCAGACUGAGGUGCCCCUGGUAUAGUCCCCUCCAUUUUCCCUGGGAUUGGAAGCCUUGGUCAAAGUGGGUGGAGGAGGGCUGUCUGGAACUUAAUAAACUUUCAUCUCUUGAGCAGAAA